CGUAAGUUCAGCAUUGCAUAUUAUUUGUUCUCAUGUAUUUGUACUUGCUAGAAAGAGACACAUAUAUUAUUUAGCCGCGCCCACGAUGGACUUGGAAUAUUCAACAAACAAAAAAAAACAGGAAUUGUUUACGAUAUAAAAUUGUAAAAUUAGAACAAAUUAAUAAUUCUGAAUAAAAACAAGGUUUAAACAGUGCCAAAACAAUCUUUAAGUUGUAGAACACUAAUAUCAAAAUGCCUGUGCUGGAAUCUUGCUGGUCGCCAUGCAUUUGGUCGUCAGAUACCAAGAGUGGGAGCAAGGCGGUUGCAGUCUACACUGCGGCUAUGAGCAUAGUGUUGAUAACGUUCAUAGCUUAUCAGAUGAGUGGUGGAGACUCUACGCAGCUCUGGAACCCGCUGUUUGAAGCUGAUGUUAGAGGAUCUCUCCAAGUAUUUGGCAUCAUAUUCAUUGUCAUCUUAAUUGGGCUAAUUGUGUCUUCAAUAUUUAUGGUGAUUGGUAUUAACAUAUGGAUGAGAGGCUUCAUACUACCCUGGCUGUUUAUAAUGGGACUGAUAAUAGCCUUCCAGUUAGUGUUUGGAUUGUGGCUGCUUGGUGGUUAUUAUAUUUAUUUGGAUGCAACAUUUGCUGCUCUCAUAGAUUUUCUCUGGCUGGCAUAUAAUGUGUACUGCUGGUUGUGUGUGUUUUCUCAGUACCAAAUAAUACUGGAGAUGCAGUCGCCAAACAUCGAGAUAUUAGUAGAGUAUUAAUUGUUUUAUCUUUAGUGUUAUUGACUGACUUACAGUGUAUUUUUUUAUUCUUUGAAGACUUUAACACUUUAUAAGUAAUGCUAGUGCUAAAUGAAUAUAGAAUUCAAUUCACCCGGUAAUCCAAUAGUGUAUUUCCCUUUAAAACUUUAAAAAUAGGAUCUUAUUUUUGUUUUUAAAGCAUUUAAUUUAAAGGAGCUUAUUCAAUGAUAUUUAAAAACUAUAGAAUUCAUAUCUCAAAUAUUGCUACAUGCUGGAGUGUGCGCGAAGUGGGGAUAUUGCCCCAUCUCUUUCUUUCACAGGCGUCGUGAUCCCCGAUGACGUCACGUGCAAUUAUUUCGACCUUUUUCCGUUUUAGACACUGACCUCUAUUACCUAAUUUUAAUGGCUUAUAACUUGUGGGUUUUUUUUUACCAGAUUUUAAUUUUUUGUUCCGUUUAAAAAAUUAUACCUCAUACAUAUUUUAUAAAAGCAAUAAAUCAAAAUAAGGCAAAUACACUAUUGAAAUGUUUUCAUACACUGUAUAAUUAUUGGCUUUUUUUAUAAAAUAGUUUUAAAUAAUUCAUCCUUUUCACACGACAUGUGAAUCGUGUGAAAAGGAUGAAUUAUUUGAAACCAUGUUGGGUAUGGCUUAUUUAUAAUUUUAUAAUAUCAUUCGAAUUAUUGUGUUAAGUCCAAAGCAACUAAAAUGUCCACAAAUAGAUAUACAUAUAUGUCAAUUAUGUUAUAAUGUAUCUAUAAAUAUUGUAGUUAUUACUUUUAAAUAGAUUAACAAAUUUUAUUAACAUCAAUGAAUUUUCUCAAAUGUGUUCGAAUAUUAUUCCAUAUAUUUUGUAGUUUAAUAUUUUUGAAAUUACAAUAGAUUAUUUUUAGUUUAAGCAACUUUUUUAUGUGUUGGGGUCACUAGAUAAUGUCCAUGUAAUUUGCACCAAUAGGGGAAAUUUUUUUUUAUGAAAUCGAUUCUCGAUAAUCGAUUAUAUUUUAUAGUUUAAUAUGUUUGGAAUUACAAUAGAUAACGUCAUAUUAUCAUUAGUUUAAGCAGCUUUUUGAUAUGUUGGAUCACUAGAUAAUGUUUGAAGUGAUUUGCACCAAUAGCAAAGUAAAAAUUCUUUGAAAUCAAUUAUCGAUAAUCGAUUAUUCUUUGUGUACACUGCCGAGUAUUGUAUUGUUGUUUAAUGUCGUGAUUUAUUGUUUUUAACACAAUUUAGUGUAAGAGUAGAUAAAUCAAUAUUUGUAUUGUAUAUUAAGAGUAUAUUGAUGAACUGACAUUUUGACAAGUGCCUGAUAGAAUUAUGAUUGUAAUUUUAAUAUCUAUUUCAUAUUAUAUUUAUAUUGUAGUCAGUGUAACUACUCGACAUACUAAGACUUAACAUCUCAUAUAUCUGGAUGCUGAGUGCAGUGGAAUAACAAACAAUACUAUGUAAUUCAAGGUGUUCGAUGGUGUUUCUAUUGUUUAUGCGCGGUCGUAUGGCUUACCAUCAGGCGAACGACAAGCUCGUCUCGUGAUUCAAAGCAAUAAAUAUAUACAUAUUGAUGAUGCAAUAAUCCGCCCAUAACAUUUAUUUAUUAUAUAGUAAAACAGGCAUUUAGUAAAAAAUCUGUUCUGGAUUUCUUAAUAAAAAUAUUGAUUGGUAAAAACGAAGCCCCUUAGAUAUAAGAAUAAUGACUUAAUUAUCCGUCCAUUUUUGACUCAUUUGUAAUAUACGUUUGAAUCUCAAAAAUAUUUUUUUUUUACAAUGUAUUGAAUUGGCGAUGAUCGCGACAUCUGUCGUAAAAAUUGUAGUCUGUAUGAAAUGUGUUGUGUGUAAACUAGAUGGCGUUGUUUUAAUUUUAUAAGACUUCUUAUACUCUAACAGAUGUGUUAACUGAAUUUCGCAAUAAAAUAGUUAUGAUAUCAAAA